AUGCCAGGGCCCACCGUUGUGGCGUAUUGGCCAAAACGCACGGCGCCCGUUACGGUCAUCGACGUCGCUAUGGGGAAGCCCGUGUCCUCGCCAGGAGCAUACCCAGGAUUUGCUCCUGAAACUUCGCUGACAGCCGGUACGACUUGCUACAACAAGUUUGAAGAUUGCUUCUGCAGCCUCAACAACGACAAUUGGGUGGUGGUGGACCUACAGGCCAGCCUCCCCAUCAGGAAGGUGGUCAUCACUGGACCUACCGACCGAGGCGUCAACUUCUUCUUGGACGUCGUUGUUCGGGCUGGAAACACCGGUCUUGUGACCGACCCCAUCAUCGGCACAACACCCUCAACUCCAUCACCCAACUUUCAAACGUACACCAUGACCAUCGCCUCAGGGAACGUCCGCUACAUUCGGCUGCAGUACGAGGCCGGGAUAGCGGCCAUCUGCUUCUGCAAAGUGCAAGCCUUCCUCUGA